GCUACAUUAUAAAUACUUUAGACAUUUAUUAUUAUUAUUAUUGCUACUAUUUCUUUAUUAUUCGUUUCAUUUAAUAAAAUUGAAUGUUGAAAUUAAUAAAGCAAAGAUUCAUAAAAGUAACUUCAGAUGAGAAUACAAGAUUAUUAUCAGAAGGUAGUUCUUCAGACCAGAUUAAAGAUGAAGAUGUUCUUGACAAAUAUCACUUGGUUUAUUGGAUCUUUUUUAUAUAUGGAGUUGCCAUGUUGUUACCUUGGAAUGUAUUUAUCACAGCUUCUGAAUAUUUCGCUAAAAGAUUCUCGGGAACACCUUAUGAAGAAACGUUUCAAAACUACUUUUCGACUAAUUUCACGAAUACAAAUCUCUUAACAUUUGUUUUCGUAAUUUAUAUGCAGAAUAAGUCUUCAUAUAGUUUCGAUUCAUUUUUAUCUAUCUUUAUCAAUACAAUUAUAUUUGGCAUGUUGGCAAUUACUGUCGAAACACAUAUUGAAGGAAUUGGUUAUUUUUGGUUUAUUUUGAUUUUAAUCGUCAUAACAGGCGUUACUACUAGCUUUUUCCAAAAUGCUGUAUUUAGUGAAGCAAGUCAAUUACCACCAAUGUAUAUGCAAGCAGUACUUAGCGGUCAAGGUAUUGCAGGUGUUGUAGUAGCCAUUUCAUCUAUUCUAAGCGCACUUGCAGGAAGUACAGAUAGUAUACCCAAUGAAUCCUCUAUUAGUCGUUCAGCAUUUUUAUACUUUUUAUCUGCUUUUAUAAUCACUCUGGCAGCGUUGAUAGGACGUAUAUGGGUAGUCAGAUUACCCUUUUAUCGUAGUCAAAUGAAGUCAAAUGCAUCCACUUUAUUAGAGGAAAUUGAAGAGGAUCUUGAUGAAGAGCCUUUAAGAGAAGAAGCACCUAUUGGCAUCAUGUCAGUUAUUCGUAAAACAAGUGGAUUGAUAUUUACUGUGGGCUAUAUAUUUAUUAUUACUCUUAUGCUAUUCCCUUCAAUUACAGCUCUUAUCAAGUCCAUUCAUAGACCUAAUGAUGCUAUAGAUUCGAUACAUAGAGGCACUAAUAAAGGACGAUUUUAUAAUGAUGAUAUAUUUGUUGCAUUCCACUUUUUAUUAUUCAACGUUGGAGAUUGGGUAGGUCGUAUGAUGCCAGUUUCCAAAUACUUUAUCAUUAGUCAAACGAAAUAUCUUGUCAUGUUAUCUGCAUCGCGUACAGUAUUUAUACCCCUCUUUUUAUUGUGUAAUGUAAUCGUUUCAGAAUCUCGAAAAUUACCAGUACUUAUUCAAAGUGAUUUAUUCUAUUUUAUCUUGGUUUGGUUAUUUGCCAUUACAAAUGGAUGGAUCUGUAGUCUAGCUAUGAUGGCAGCACCACAAUUAAAAUCGAUCAAGAAAGGUAAAGAAAAGGCAAUGGUGGGCAGUUUAAUGAGCUUUUCGCUCGUGCUUGGGUUGGCUAUUGGAGGCUCAUUAAGUUUUAUUGCAAGAUGGAUGGUUUAAUCAUAUUUUUUUCUUAUAUUGAAACGAACUGUCAA